AUGCUGGAUGCUGAAAGCUGCAGAAUAAGAAACUGCAUAGCUAACUCUUGGCGGAAUUGGUCUUCGGUUGUUGAAGUGGCCACUUUUGCAUUUGAACUGAUACCAACUCGUAGAUACAUAUUGUCACGUUUAAUCCAGCUUGAUGUCCUCAUUUAUUAUGUUUUCAGUGUCACUCAAUAUGCAUUUAAAAGCCAACCACCGUGUUUCCAGCAUGAAGCAGAACCAUUUGCCAUCUGCCCUCCCCCCCUUUCGGCGUUGAAAUAA